AUGGAUGCGCGGAGGAGGGGCAGCGCGAGAGGUGCCCCAGCUGUGGCGGGAGCGGUGGCGUGGCUGCUACUUCUUGCCUCGCUUUGCACCGGCGCGUGCGGGCUCAAUGCCGACGGGUUGCUCCUCAUGGCCUUCAAAAACGCGGUCACGGCGGAUCCGCUGGGCGCGCUGGCCGGCUGGACCUACAGCGACGCCGCGCCGUGCGCCUGGAACGGCGUCGUCUGCAACGGCUUCCCGCAGCCCAACGCCGCCGCCGCGCGGACGGCGGUGAACGUGACCUCGGCUUCCGCCGACGGCAACGGCAACUCUGCUCCCGCGCCCGCGCCCGCGCCGGCGCGCAACGCCACCGCGGCGGUGGCGGGCGGCCUCGGCGCGUCGCUGGCGGCGGCCACGGUGUCGCGGGUCAUCAGCCUCGUGCUCCCCAACGCGCAGCUCUCGGGCACGCUGCCGCCGGACCUCGGCCGCGUCGAGCACCUGCGCCACAUCGACCUCUCCGGGAACAGCCUCAGCGGCGGCCUGCCGGCCACGCUGCUCAACGCCACCGAGCUCCGCGUGCUCUCGCUCGCGGGCAACGCCGUCUCCGGCGAGCUCCCGGACGCGGGGGCGUCCUACGCGCGCGGGCUCCAGGAGCUCAACCUCUCGGGCAACGCGCUCGCGGGCAACCUCCCCGCCGCGCUGUGCAGGCUGCCGAGCCUCGUCGUGCUGGGGCUCGCAGGCAACCGCCUCGGCGGCGAGCUCCCCAUCGGGGGCCUCGGGACGUUGGAGCUCGUUGACCUCAGCGGCAACGGCUUCAACGGCUCCCUCCCGUCGGACUUCGGCGGGGCACGGCUGCGCCUGCUCAACGUCUCGUCGAACAAGCUCGCCGGCGCGGUGCCGACCGAGCUGGCCGCGCUCGUCCCCGCGAACGGGACCGUGGACCUGUCGCGGAACAACUUCACCGGCGCGAUCCCACAGGCCGGCCCGUUCGCCGCGCAGCCGGCGGCGGCGUACGAGGGCAACCCGAACCUCUGCGGGCCGCCGCUGAAGCAGGUCUGCUCCAUCCCGUCGUCGCUGUCGAACCCUCCCAACGCCACCGACUCGCCGCCGGCGUUCGCGGCCAUCCCCAAGAACCCCGCUCGCGCCCCGCCGGGAGCCCCGGGGCAGCUGCCGAGCGGGCAGGAUAAGCUUCGUCCCGCUGCCAUCGUGGCCAUCGUCCUCGGGGACAUCGCUGGCGUCGGGCUCCUCUUCAUGCUGUUCAUGUACGCGUACCACGUCAGGAAAAAGAGGCGGCAGCGUCGGGAGGAAAACCCAACGCCGCCGCUGCAGCUGAAGAGCGGGCGAGGAAUCGACGGCGACGUCAAGACGCUUGACAUCGCCGGAGGCAAAGAGGAGAAGGCGUCCACGUCGACGGGAUGCUGCAUUGGCCGCAGGAACGACGGCUCGGACAGCUCCGAGUACUCCGCGUCGUCGGACGGCGAUUCCGACGACGAGGAGGACCUCAAGAAGAGGGGAAGCUUCAUCUGCCGGAGCACCCCGCAGGAGCACGGCGGCAGCAAGAAGCACAACCUGCCCCAGCAGCAGCAGGCGGCCCCCGCGCCUGCGACGCUGGUGACGGUCGACGGCGACGGCGAGCUCGAGAUGGAGACGCUGCUCAAGGCGUCGGCCUACAUCCUCGGCGCCACGGGCUCGAGCAUCGUGUACAAGGCCGUGCUCGCCGACGGCACCGCGCUGGCCGUCCGCCGCAUCGGCGAGAGCGGCGGCGCCGAAAAGCUCAAGGACUUCGAGGCGCAGGUGCGCGCCGUCGCCCGGUUCCGACACCCCAACAUCCUCCGGCUGCGCGGCUUCUACUGGGGCGCCGACGAGAAGCUCCUCAUCCACGACUACGCCCCCAAUGGCAGCCUCGCCAACAUCGCGUUCAGCAGGCGGUUCGGGUCGUCGUCGCCGCUGCACCUGAGCCUGGAGGCGCGGCUGCGGAUUGCGCGCGGCGUGGCGCGCGGGCUGGCAUACAUCCACGAGAAGAAGGGCGUGCACGGUAACCUGAAGCCGAGCAACAUCCUGCUGAGCGCCGACAUGGAGCCCUGGAUCGGGGACCUCGGCCUGGACCGGCUGCUGUCGGGCGAGGCGGCGUCGCACUACCGCGCGGGCGCGUCGGCGCGGCUGUUCGGGAGCAAGCGGUCGAUGCACUCGACGAGCAGCCUGCCGGACUUGUCCCAGAUGCCCGGGCCGGGCGCGAGCCCCUGCGGGUCGGCGUCCGCCGCUGCCGCGGCGGCGGCCGCGUCGUCGUCGUCGUCGGCCCCGGUGCCGUACCAGGCGCCCGAGUGCCUGAAGAACCUGCGGCCCACGGCCAAGUGGGACGUGUACGCCUUCGGCAUGGUGCUGCUUGAGCUGCUCUCCGGGCGGGUCUACUCGGAGGUGGAGCUGUGCCAGUGGCACGCGGGGCUGGUGGCCGCCGAGGAGCACGGCCGCGUGCUCCGGAUGGCCGACCCCACGCUCCGCGGCGAGGCCGACGGCAGGGAGGACGCGCUGCUGGCGUGCUUCAGGCUCGCCUUCGCGUGCUGCGCCAUGGCGCCCGGCAAGCGGCCCUCCAUGAGGGACGCCGUGAUGGUGCUCGAACGGGCGGCGGCGGCGGCGGCAGCGCCCAGCGCUGCGGCGAGCAGCAGCGGCGCCGCCGUUCCCUGA